AUGUCUCAACCGACUCCCUCUCCGAACCCAGUGGGUGAACCAAAGGCUCCCAUCGCGGACCCUGCCCCCCAGGCCGACGAUCAGACCAGAAACCAGAGCGCCGAUACCACUGCAAACAAUGCAGAGGGUGCUCCCAAGGUCAAGAGCGAGAAAGAGUUAGAACGAGAACGACGAAAGGCCGAGAAAGCGAAGAAGUUCGCCGAGAAGAAGGCUAAGGCUGCUGCGGCCAAACCUGCCGCCCCCAAGGCCGACAAGAAAGCCAACAAGAUCGAGAAGGAGAAGACCACCGAUGCCUACGACCCGAAGACCAUCGAAACUGGCCGCUACCAAUGGUGGGAAGAGCGUGAUCUCUUUAAGCCUGAGUUCGGUCCCGACGGCAAGGUCAAGCCGGAGGGUUACUUUGUCAUUCCGAUCCCCCCUCCCAACGUGACGGGCUCCCUUCACAUGGGCCAUGCUCUCACCAAUGCCCUCCAGGAUACCAUGAUUCGUUGGGAGCGGAUGAAGGGUAAGACCACGCUGUGGCUGCCCGGUAUGGACCACGCCGGUAUCUCCACCCAGAGUGUUGUCGAGAAGAUGCUCUGGAAGCUAGAGAAGAAGACCCGUCACGAUCUCGGCCGCGCAGAGUUAACCAAGAGAGUCUGGGCUUGGAAGGAUCAGUACCAUGCAAACAUCAAGAACGCUUUGCAGAGAGUCGGUGGUUCUUUCGACUGGUCGCGCGAGGCUUUCACAAUGGACCCCAACCUGUCGGCCGCUGUCACCGAAACUUUCGUCCGUCUCCACGAAGAGGGCAUCAUCUACCGUGCCAACCGUCUCGUGAACUGGUGUGUGGCUCUGAAUACUUCCCUGUCCAAUCUCGAGGUCGAGAACAAGGAAGUUGAAGGACGUACGCUGCUUGAUGUGCCCGGCUACUCCAAGAAGGUCGAGUUCGGUGUCUUGACGCACUUCUAUUAUGAGAUCGACGGGACUCAGGAGAAGAUCGAGAUUGCCACCACCCGUCCGGAAACUAUGAUCGGCGAUACUGGUAUUGCUGUCCACCCCGACGACAAGCGCUACCAGCACCUGAUUGGCAAGUUUGCCCGUCAUCCCUUCAUCGAUCGUCUGAUGCCCAUCGUUGCCGAUACGGACGUCGACCCAGAGUUCGGUACUGGUGCCGUGAAGAUCACUCCAGCCCAUGACUUCAACGAUUUCAACCGUGGGAAGGCCCACAACCUCGAGUUCAUUUCCGUGCUGAACGAUGAUGGUACUUUCAACCAGAACGGCGGUCCCUUCGUCGGCAUGAAGCGUUUCGAUGCCCGUUACAAGGUUGUUGAGAUGCUGAAGGAGAAGGGCUUAUAUGUGAAGUGGGAGAACAACCCCAUGAAGAUCCCUCGUUGCGCCAAGUCGAAUGAUGUUAUUGAGCCUAUCAUGAAGCCCCAGUGGUGGAUGAGGAUGAAGGAAUUGGCCGAACCUGCCAUCAAGGCCGUUGAGGACGGUGAAAUUGUCAUCAAGCCUGAAUCCGCCGAGAAGAACUACUUCCGCUGGAUGAGAAAUAUCAAUGACUGGUGUCUUUCCAGACAACUCUGGUGGGGUCAUCAGGCUCCGGCCUACUUCGUUAAGAUCGAGGGCGAGAAUGGUGAUGACAGUGAUGGUAACCUGUGGGUCACUGGUCGCACCGAGGAGGAAGCUCACAAGAAGGCUGAGGCCAAAUUCCCUGGCAAGACAUUCUCUCUGGUCCGGGAUCCCGAUGUUCUCGACACUUGGUUCUCCGCUGGAUUAUGGCCCUUCUCUACACUGGGAUGGCCUCGCAAGACCCAUGACUUGGAGAACCUGUACCCUACAUCCGUGCUUGAGACCGGCUGGGAUAUCCUGUUCUUCUGGGUCGCACGUAUGAUCAUGAUGGGUAUUAAGCUCACUGGCAAGGUCCCCUUCAAGGAGGUUUACUGCCACUCUCUGAUCAGAGAUUCGGAGGGUCGCAAGAUGUCCAAGUCCCUGGGGAAUGUCAUUGAUCCUCUCGACGUUAUGGAGGGUAUCGAACUUCAAUCUCUUCACGACAAGCUGCUUGUCGGCAACCUUGCUGAGAAGGAGGUUGCAACUGCUACCAAGUACCAGAAGAAGGCCUUCCCUAAGGGCAUCCCUGAGUGUGGUGCUGACGCUCUGCGCUUCGCCCUUGUUUCGUAUACUACUGGUGGUGGCGACAUCGCAUUCGACGUCCAGGUCAUUCAUGGCUACCGUCGUUUCUGUAACAAGAUCUACCAGGCCACCAAGUUCGUACUGGGCAAGCUCGGUGACGACUUCAAGCCUCUGCCUGCUCCUUCAAAGACUGGCCGCGAGUCUCUUUCUGAACGCUGGAUCCUGCACAAGUUCAACAUUGCCGCCAAGGAGGUGAACGAAGCUCUCGCACAGCGUGACUUCUCCGUCGCUGCUUCGACCAUAUACCAGUACUGGUACGCCCAGCUGUGUGAUGUCUUCAUCGAGAACUCGAAAUACCUCUUGGCUCCUGAAGUGCCCGCCGAAGUGCAGGAAUCCGCCAAGCAGACCUUGUACACUGCCCUCGAGGGCGCUCUGACUUUGAUCCAUCCCAUCAUGCCUUUCGUUACUGAGCAUCUGUGGCAGCGUCUGCCUCGCAGACCUGAUGAUGAGACGAUCUCGAUCAUGAAGGCUCGCUAUCCUCAAUAUAACCCCGAGUUCAAUGAUGUCGAGGCCGAAACUGCCUACGAGCUCAUUCUCAACACCUCCAAGGCCAUCCGGUCGAUUCUCGCCCAGUAUGAGAUCAAGACCAAGGGCGAUAUCAUUAUCCAGACCUACGACGCUGUCAGCUACAAAACUAUCUCGGACGAGCUGACUAGCAUCAAGUCCCUUGGUGGCAAGUUCCUCGGAGAACUGACCGUGGCUAGUCAGGACAACACCACCCCUCCUUCGGGCUGCGUUGUGGCUGCUGUUGGCGCCCAGGCCGCCGUGUAUCUUCGCGUCUCGAAGGAGGUAGCUCUCGAGCAAGAAGAGAAGGCCAAGGCCAGCCUCGAGAGAGCCCGUGAGACUGUUCGCCGCCAACAGGCCCUUGUCAACGGCGCCGGCUGGAAGGAGAAGGUCAAGCCAGAGGUCUGUGAGCAGGAAGAGAGAAAACUCCGGGAUGCCGAGAGCGAGGCUGCUCGUCUGGAGGAGCAAAUCCGCGAAUUCGAAAAGCUGCGUUUGGAGUAA